CUUUGAGCAGAUACCCAAUGUUCUCCUUUGUUUUAUUUUGAAAGUAGAAUCCGGAGUGAGAGUAGUAACAAAAGGAUUGCUAUUAUCACUCUUCAUAAAACUCACUCCCUCGCUUUACUGUCAACCGUCAAUUUCUCUCAAAUCAACGGCCUAUGUUUAUCCCCCCAAAAUCAUACACAAUCUUCUUCUUUCCCUCUCUCCCAACUUCUCAUUUCUUCUGUUUGCUCAAUUUUAGCUUCCAUUCCUCAAUUUUCAAUCAAUAAUCUUGAAGUUUCUUAGUAAAAAUCUCAGCUUUUUAACAACCCAAACAGUUUUAGCUAGUAAAUUACUUGGAAUCAGCAAGAGCAUGUUUGGAAUAGGAAGGUUUUAUUCAUAAAAUGCCAGUUUCCACAAGAUCUCAGAUUACUGACUCUCAGGUAAAAAAUGAUCAAAGAAUUAGGCCAAGAACAGAUCAAGAAGAUUCCCAAAUGUCUAGAAAUAUGAGAAAUCCACACCAUGGUUUGAAAGAGAAGAUGAAAGCACUUACCCUUUUAUAUGAACAGCAAAAACAAGCCGCUGCUGCUACCAAGAAUCAAUAUUUCAAGCCUGAAGAGCCAAGAUUUUCGACUCAUCCUAGUGUAGACCUACUCAGCUCCGGUAGAAAAGUUGAGAAAGAGCAAAAACAAUCAAACCCCAUUAUUAGUCAUGUGAUGAGGGAAAACACUAUGCAUAAUAAUUCAACUGUGACCAGAACUUACGUGGCGCCACGGCCGCCUUCAGUGGCGGAGGAUGCGAAGGAGAAUGUCGCGGUGGCGGCUGGAGGUGAUAGAAUAGUAGGGUUUUCUUACCCCAAAAGGGCGAAUGCGUCCAGUACUGUUGCAAGAAAGCUUUCAAUGGGAAGUUCAGCAAUGCCACCGCAUACAGAGCCUAAAGCAACUAGAAGGAACACUAGAGAGAAUGUACAAGAGUUGAAUACAAUUUUUGAGAAAGUUAGCAGCAAGGGAAGUAGUGGUGAUGAUAGUGGUGGUAGUAGAAUUCUUGUAUUUGUAAGGCUAAGGCCAAUUUCAAGAAAGGAGAGAGAAGCUGGAGCAGGUUGUUGUGUGAAAAUUGUGGAUGGAAGAGAUGUUUAUCUCACUGAGUUUGCUACUGAUCUGAAUGAUUACCUUAGGCUAAAGAGGCUCAGGGGUCGCCAUUUCACUUUUGAUGCCUCCUUUGCUGAUACCGCUACUCAGCAUGAUGUUUAUUCCACGACAACAGCAGAGCUUGUGGAAGCAGUUUUGCAGGGAAGGAAUGGUUCUGUGUUUUGCUAUGGUGCCACAGGUGCAGGAAAGACAUACACAAUGCUCGGUACCAUUGAGAACCCAGGGGUAAUGGUAUUAGCAAUAAAGGAUCUCUUUAGCAAGAUAAGGCAAAGGAGCUUUGAUGGGAAUCAUGUGGUUCACCUUUCCUAUCUAGAGGUCUACAAUGAAACUGUAAGAGAUUUGCUGUCUCCGGGAAGGCCUCUGGUCUUAAGAGAAGAUAAACAGGGGAUAGUGGCAGCAGGGCUAACUCAGUAUAGAGCAUACUCCACAGAUGAAGUAAUGGCAUUGCUCCAACAAGGAAACCGAAACAGAACCACAGAGCCCACCCGGGUCAAUGAGACGUCGUCACGCUCUCAUGCUAUUCUUCAGGUUGCGCUUGAAUACCGUGUCAAAGAUAGUUCAAAUAACAUUGUAAACCGAGUUGGAAAGCUGUCACUUAUUGACCUUGCUGGAUCAGAAAGAGCUCUAGCUACUGAUCAGAGAACCUUGAGGUCACUUGAAGGUGCUAAUAUAAAUAAGUCACUUCUCGCACUGAGCAGCUGCAUCAAUGCCCUUGUUGAGGGAAAAAAACACAUUCCUUAUCGAAAUUCUAAGCUCACUCAACUGCUCAAGGACUCACUGGGUGGUGCUUGCAACACUGUGAUGAUUGCCAAUAUUAGCCCAAGUAGUCAUUCAUUUAGUGAGACCCAAAAUACACUGCACUGGGCUGACCGAGCGAAAGAGAUCCGAACAAAGGCUUAUGAUGCGCAUGAGGAAAUACAAGUGCCUGAUUCUGGAACAGAUCAGGCCAAGUUAUUGCUUGAGCUGCAAAAAGAGAAUCGCGAAUUGAGAAUGCGUUUGGCUCGUCAGCAGCAAAAACUGAUUACAAUCCAGAAGGAAAAUUUGGCUGAAAACUGUUCCCCUAGCCCAUCUACAGUUUCCUCUAUCUUAUCACCAGCACCGUCUUCUGCUCAGCUAAAUGAAAGACGAAAAGCAAGACCCUCUUUCUUUGGUGGAAAUUGUUUUACCCCCGAAUCCAAGAGAAGAGGUCCAGAUGAGUCCGUUAGAGAUCUUAAAAAGGCAGUUAAGGGAUUGGAGGCAGAAAUUGAGAGACUGAAAAAGGAUCACGCAUUGGAGAUAAAGCAGAAAGAUGAUACAAUCUGUGAGCUGUCACGAAAGAGUGCAAAGCCAGCAGGAGGGGCACAAGUGGGUGUAAAAAGGAUCAUCACAAGGGCAAGCUUGCGGCCUAAGGAAGCACGUGAUGCUGAUUUGAAGAGUCCAAGUCAUCGUUUUCAGUCUCCAGCUCCCACAGCUAAAAAGCGCAGCUUCUGGGAUAUAACAACAGCUAAUAGCCCAUCAGUUGUCACUUUAAAUGGAAGAAAGACCAGAAGCCAUGUUAACACCGAAACAACAGCUGCUCCAUCCAUGCUUCUCCAGCUUGCAUAUCCAUGUUUCUGGUUUGUGUUCAUGUUUGGGCCACAUGUCUUCAAUUGCACCACUCAGCCAGGGUUUGCUCGCCAGAAUGUAAAGCAUUAAAGAAGGCAGAUCACUUGGCAAUUUCAAUCAAACUACAUCUUUCACGCGGAGCAAGGCAAUGGAGGAGGCAUUCACUUUGUAUUUGACAGCAGACACUUGUAUCUAACAGUGAUUAUAUCUCUAGUUGUUUGUGUCUUUUUUCUCUCUUUUUCUUUCAGAUUGCGUGGGCUAUUGAAGUCAUGCUAUUAAUAUUAUUUCAUUGUUUCGUC